CUGGUCGCAGUCGGUCUGGAUGAGCACUCAGGUUGGGUCUAACCCGUAAAGACGGAGAGGAACCGAGACUGAAAAGUCCACCGGUCUCCAGCAGCAGCGCGUUAAGGUCGCGCUUCUCUUUUGGGCUGAUUUACCUGGAGGAGGUGGCCGCGGCGCUGCCGUCUGUCAGCGGAGAUGGCGACUUCAAACAGGCCGUUAACGUCUUUCUUCAUCGAGGACAUUCUGUGUUUGAGGGAGGAGAAAGGCGGGGAGCCGAGCGGCGCUGCGACCAAAAACAAACCCCCGAGCGAGGCGACCUGGUCCGCCGACGGUGAGGAGGACGGCGCUCUCCUGCUGGCUGUCGCGGCCGCCGAGUCAACCAUGAGCCGCAGAGCAGAACGUUCGAUGGACGCUUCCCAGGCCGCUAGCCCCAGCCGCGGCGGCGCGAAACAGAAGCGCUCGCGCGCCGCCUUCACGCACGUGCAGGUGCUGGAGCUCGAGAAGAAGUUCAGCCGCCAGAAGUACCUGUCAGCGCCGGAGCGCGCGCACCUCGCCACGGCGCUGCGCCUCACGGAGACUCAGGUCAAGAUCUGGUUCCAGAACCGGCGCUACAAGACCAAACGCAAGCAGCUGGCCUCCGAGUUCGGCAAGGACUGCUUCCCCAAAGCGGAGGUGAGCGCCGUGGCGGAGGAGGACUUGCUCAGGGCGUCUCUGUUGGCCACCGUCUACAAAUCUUACCAUCCGUACCGGCCUUGUGUGUACGAUUUACACGGACUGGGCGUGUGGAGGCCGACAGUGUGGUGACGGGGGACACGCCAGACCUAAUACCAUGCCUAGUCAUGUGGCUCAGUGUUUCCCAGCGCACUCCUCCUGGACCCCCAGACACAAUUAGUCAGAACCAUACAGCAGCACUGGGAGAUGGGAUGGAGCAGCCCGUCAAACUGGAUUUGACUGUUUGCCAUCAUCUACAAGUCUUAGCACCUCAGAACUGUAUGUGGAGGUGACGGGACGCGCAGGGAUGGUUAUUUUAAUGGCUUGCGUGUUUUAAGUGUUGCUCCAUCACAGCUUCCAUCACACUUGAAUCAAACUGUCUAGAACACUGAAUCAUUGGUGCUGCUGUACAGGGAGUCAGUGAAGAUACGGACUGUUUGGGGUGGGUUAGUAAACACUGAUGUAGCUAUUACAAUUUAAUAUAACUUGUACAGCUUUGUAUCUGAAAUAAACCUAUGUUUUUCAAA